AUUGAGGCAGCAGCAGUUUCCCAGUUCAGUAGGAAGUCUGAUCUGCCCAGAAUGGGUCAACCAGAGGGGCUCGGGAUGCUCCGGGUCUUGUGCCUGUUAGCCGUGUUUGACACGGUGUGGCUGCUGGACGGCGGGAUGCUCUUCCCCCGAGAGUCCUCCUCCAGAGAGGUGAAGGAGCUGAACGGGCUGUGGGACUUCAGGGCUGACAAGUCCCCCAACAGGAACCAGGGCUUCGAGAAGGCAUGGUAUAAAGGUCGCCUGGUGGAGACUGGCCCAGUGAUUGACAUGCCUGUUCCUGCCAGCUACAAUGACAUCACACAGGACCCCACACUGAGAGAUUUCGUUGGCUGGGUGUGGUAUGACCGAGAGGUGGUGGUGCCUGCCCGCUGGAUCACUGAUGAAGGAACAAGAGUGGUUCUCAGAGUGGGAAGUGCUCACUAUUAUUCAGUAGUGUGGGUGAAUGGGGUGAAAGUAGCAGAGCAUGAAGGUGGCCAUCUUCCUUUUGAGGCUGAGAUAGGCAGUCUAAUCCGCAAAGACCCUACAAUGCCGUGCAGGAUCACCAUCGCUGUCAACAACACUCUGUCUCUGGAGACUCUUCCUCCAGGAAGCAUCCAGUACAUGAAUGACCACACCAAGUAUCCUGAUGGUUUUUUCGUGCAAAACAUCUACUUUGAUUUCUUCAACUAUGCUGGCAUACAUCGUCCUGUACUGCUGUAUACUACUCCUAAGGCUUAUGUGGAUGACAUCACCGUGGUGACUGACUUCUUGGAUAAUACAGGUGCAGUCAAAUACAAAGUAUCAGUCCAGGGUGCUGCCACAGCCAACCUGAAGGUUACCUUGAUAGACAAAGAUGGUCGUUCUGUCGCCUCCUCCAAUGAGCCAUCUGGAGUGCUCAAAGUAGUCGGUGUCAACCUGUGGUGGCCUUAUCUGAUGCAUGAGAAUCCAGGUUAUCUUUACUCUCUGGAGGUUCGAUUAAUGGCAGCCGAUGAGAGAUCAACGUAUGAGGAUGUGUAUGCUUUACCAGUUGGCAUCCGCACCGUCAACGUCACCAGCACCCAAUUUCUCAUCAACAACAAGCCCUUCUAUUUCCAUGGAGUCAAUAAACAUGAAGACUCUGACAUUCGAGGUAAAGGCUUGGAUUGGCCCCUCAUUGUCAAAGACUUUAACUUAUUGAAGUGGUUGGGGGCCAACUCAUUUCGCACCAGUCACUACCCCUAUGCUGAGGAGAUCCUGCAGAUGUGUGACCGCCAUGGCAUCGUGGUGAUAGAUGAGUGCCCAGGGGUGGGCAUCAAAGACAUUCGCAGCUUUGGGAAUGCCUCACUGAGCCAUCACCUGGUUGUCAUGGACGAGCUCGUACGUCGGGACAAGAACCAUCCCUCUGUAGUCAUGUGGUCUGUAGCCAAUGAGCCGGCUUCGGAGAUGCCCCCUGCAGAAUUCUAUUUCAAGACCUUGAUACAACAUACCAAAGCUCUGGAUCCUAGCCGACCUGUGACUUACAUCACAGACAGUAACUAUGCCAGGGACAAAGGGGCUCCCUACGUGGAUGUAAUCUGUGUAAACAGUUACUUGUCCUGGUACCAUGAUUCAGGCCACCUGGAGGUCAUCCCCAUCCAGCUCAACACUCAGUUCGAGAACUGGUACGGAAAGUACCAGAAACCCAUCAUCCAGAGUGAAUACGGAGCAGAUGUGGUGCCAGGACUUCACAGUGAUCCACCCGUGAUGUUUACUGAGGAGUACCAGAAUGUGGUCCUGAAAAGCUACCACAACGUGUUCGACCAGAAGAGGAAGCAGUAUGUGAUUGGUGAACUCAUCUGGAACUUUGCCGACUUCAUGACUUCUCAAGGAAUCACCCGUGUGGUGGGGAACAAGAAGGGAAUUUUCAGCAGGCAAAGGCAGCCUAAAGCAGCAGCAUUCAUCCUGAAGGAGAGGUACUGGAGACUGGCAAAUGAAACAGGCAGGCUGCCUCCUUGGACCAAGUACCCUUGCUCAUUGUGACACAUGCCAGUUGAAGCACCAGUUACAGGCUCAGUCCGAUGUAAACACUGUCCCAUGGAAAAGCCAGUUUCUUGAGUUGUUUUACUGAAGCACAUACAAAGCGCUUACCUUGAAAUAAUUUUGUUACAUAUACAUAAGGUCAGACUACUGUGAAACAUAAUUUAACUGUGCCAUUCCUGUAGUCUGCGAUAAAAACAAACAAAUUACCAUAAUAAGACCCUGAUGGAAGCUCGACACCAAACCAAAGUAACCUAGGUUUUCAGAACAUGAAAGCAAUUUUUGAUGCAGCUAAAUAAAAUAGCCUCUGGUGCCUCAUUAAUAGUGCAACUGACAGUUUAAAAUAACAAUUGGAAAUGUGAUGUAUUUUCUUUCACAUACACCGUAGUGACAGUGUAACAGUUUAUUCAGUUAUUACAUUAUAUUCUAAGAGUCAAAGUCAAAAUCCUUCAUCAGUGAUUAGUCCUGACCAUUCCUCCAGUCGUAAAAGAAAUGAAUUGCAACACUACCCCAUCAGUUUUCUUGCAACCAAUUUGACUGUGCUGAAUGUGAAUUACAGUGCUGAAUGUAAUCACAAUGUUAUAUUUUUAUAUGUGAAAAUCAAGAAAAGCACAUUUUUAAUCUGAAUAAAUCAGAGUAUUAAAGACAAAACGCACUCACUA